AUGACAGUAGAAACCCCUUCCACGGCCGAAGCCCUCCGGCUCGCCAAUGCUUCCACCACCGCUGAAGUCCUGCGGCUCGCCAAUGCGAUCCAAGAGGCCGCCCAGCGCCUGGCUGCGCUGCGCGACGAGUCCAGCCCCGACGACGUCCUCUCCGAACACGAGCAACUGCGCCAGCAGCUCAUCGGCCGCAUGGCGCACGCCAGCCGGCUGCUGCAGAACCCCAUCGACUAUCUAAAGGGGUUGACCCAGGGCGGGGCACUGGAUGUAGGCGUGGUACGGGCUCUGGUGCUGCUCGGGGUGCCUAAAGCAGUCCCUCUUACAGGGGGCAUCCCCCUGGAAGCCCUCGCCGGGACGGUCAAGGUCGACGUCUCCACGCUGGGGCGUCUCCUCGACUACGCCGGGACGUUGGGAUUGUUCACGGUGUCCGAUGAGCAGCUUGUUCGACACUCUCGUCUCUCCGCCGGUCUGGCGCAGGGGACUUAUGCCCCCAUUGUAGAAUGGGACGUCACCAUCCCGCCCGUGUCGGCGCUGCGCCUGUACGAAGCGCUGCGGGCAAACGGGAACUGCGAGGGCGCCGAACGGGCGUCCUUUCAGUUCGGGAUGGAGACAAACGAGACCUUCUACGAGUGGCACAAGGCGAAUCCGAAAUACGCGGCGUUCUUCCGUCUGGGCAUGGAGAGCGAAAAGGAGGAUCCGCGCACGGCGCCCCAGAACCUGGCGCGGAUCUAUGACUGGACUGUGUUUGAUGGCAAGACAGUGAUUGACCUCGGCGGUUCGACCGGGCAUGUCGCCCGACUCGUGGCAGACAAAUACCCCGGCAUCGACUGGAUCAUUCAGGAUCUCCCCGAGACGAUCAAGCCUCUGCCCCCCUCGGACAGGGCGAAUAUGCGCUUUGAAGAGCACGAUUUCUUCCACACGCAGCCUCGCAGCGUGGACGGCUACUUCCUGCGCUACAUCUUCCACAACUGGGCGGACAGCGACUGCCGGCGCAUUCUCGCCGGGCUGAAGCCCGCUCUGCGGCCCGGCGCCCGCCUGCUGGUCGCGGAGAUGGUGCAGCCUGUGCCGACGGCGGCGAGAGAGGAUGGCUGGGUGGAGGAGCGGCUGUUCACGCGGCGGGACAUGCAGAUGAUGAGCUAUGUCGGCGCUCACGAACGCACGGUGGACGAGUAUCGCCGGCUGGUGGAUGGAGUCAUUCCCGGGCUGCGUUUCCUGGGCUGCCACAAGCCGAUGGGCAGCACCGUCGGCAUUCUCGAGUGGAUUUACACAGCAGAAUGA